AUGGCGCGCAACUCAGAGAAAGCGCAGUCGAUGCUGUACCGCUUCCGCGCAUCACAAGCCGCCGAGUCGGGCCUAUUGCCCACAGCCUCAACCCGCCGCCCGAAAGCGCCCUCCACCAUUGCUACAAUCCCUGCCUGCGAAAAAUUCCGCGGCCAGAUCUUGCGCGACGUGUCUCGCAAAAUCACAAAGAUCCAAGAGGAGUCACUUUCGGACUUCCAGAUACGAGAUUUGAACGAUGAGAUCAACAAGCUGAUGAAGGAGAAAUGGGGUUGGGAGCGAAGGAUUAGAGAGUUGGGAGGGCCGAACUACAUGCGUGGUGCUGGCGGUGUGGUGUUUGAUGAGCAGGGGAGGGAGAUGGCGGAUGGCGGUUCAGGAAAAGGGUAUAGGUAUUAUGGGCGAGCAAGGGAGCUUCCCGGUGUCAAGGAGAUGUUUGAGCGGGCGGCGAAGCGGAGGAUGCGGAAGGAUGAUGAGCAGAGUGGAGAUGAGGACGGGGAGGGUGGGAAGCGGCGGAAGACAGAUAAGCAGAUUGAUCGGAGGAACCUGGACGCGAACUACUUUGGCUUCGGGCUAGAUGAAGAGGAUGGGUCAUUGUUGAGGUAUGAGCGGAGGAAGGAGAAAGAGGCUCAUGAGAGAGUGGCGAAGCUCGCAGAGGAGGAGGAGGCAAGCGACGAGGCUGGGAGCUUUUGCCGGGCGAUUCAGGUGCAGGAGGAGCUUAUGGAUCGGAGGAGGAAACAAGUGCUGGACAAGUUGGGCUGA